CACGUGACAACACCCGGAAGUAGGAGACGAUCUGAACUAGGUUUGCUGCACUUUAACUAUUAACAUAACUAUAGCAAUCGACAUUGGAGGCGACAGCAUGAGUCAGGAAUACAUCACAAAGUUAAAAACCGCAACAAGAGAUAAACUGAGGAAAUUUAACUCUCUGCGAGAGCGAGAAGUGCAGCCGGGUGAGUUCUGGGACGUGGUGGUUGUGACUGCUGUAGACUGGAGCCAGAGGGAAGCGUAUGAGCUGCAGAUCACACAGAAAGUUGACAGGAAAGAGCUUCCCCUUGGAAUUCACUACAAGGUCUUCUCAGAUCCGCCUGGGUCUAAAAUAGGGAACGGGGGCUCCACUCUGUAUGCGCUGCAGCAGCUGAAUGACAUCUAUGGGAAGACUCUGAGCAGACUGAGAGUCAUCCUCAUCCAUGCAGGUGGGUUGAGUCAGCGUCUUCCCAGUGCCAGCGCCCUGGGGAAGAUCUUCACCGCUGUGCCGCUGGGUGACCCUCUCUACCAGAUGCUGGAGCUCAAACUGGCCAUGUAUGUGGAGUUCCCGUCCCAGAUGAAGCCCGGUGUACUGGUGACCUGUGCUGAUGACAUAGAGCUCUACAGUAUUGCAGAGGAAGAAAAUGUCCGUUUUGACAAACCUGGCUUUACAGCUUUAGCACACCCCUCCUCACUGUCUAUUGGGACUACCCACGGAGUGUUUGUGUUGGAUUCACAUGAAAAGCCUACUUACUCAGAGAUGGAGAACACUUCCUGCCUGUGCUUUCUGCACAAGCCGAGCGUUGAUAAGAUGCGAGACAGUGGAGCUGUUUGUAGAAGACAGAGUGGUUGUUUUUCUCUUCCUGAUGCUGAGUUUGUCUACACAGACAGCACCUAUUACAUCGACUUUGAUACCGCAAAGUCUCUUCUUAACCUGCUGAGAGAGUUGGGCCCCUUGGACUGUGAGAUAGACGCAUACGGGGACUUCCUCCAAGCACUGGGUUCUAAAGCCACGAUAGAUUACACCAACAACACCGCAAAUGUCACCAAAGAGGAGAGCAGUCUGGUGCAAAUCCGCCAAAAGAUCUUCCAUCUUCUAAAAGGGACUCCCUUGAAUGUCAUUCUCCUGAACAACUCCAAGUUUUAUCACAUUGGAACCACAUCAGAAUACCUCUUUCACCUCACUGAGGAUGUGGCGCUGCACAGGGAGCUUGGUCUCCUGUCAUCUGCCUUCAGUGUACAUAUGAAUGAAAACUCAGACGACUCCCCGGGAUACUGCGUUAUGUACAGCGUCCUCGAUUCCAGUUGCACUGUGGGAGCUCGAUCAGUGGUGGAGUACUCCAGACUGGGAGCAGGAGUUUCUGUAGGUCGGGGCUCCAUCGUCAGCGGCUGCCGGGUCAGCGCAGCCCUCUCUGUGCCUGAUGGAGUCUUCAUGCACUCACUGUGUGUGAAUCACAAGCACCAAACCAGGUUUGUGACUGUCGUGUUUGGGAUUAAUGACAACUUAAAGCACAGUGUGGAAGCCCCUGCGUACAUGGAAGAGCUGAAGCUUUUUGGUUUCAGCCUGGCAGAGUGUUUGUCCCACUGGGGGCUGAAAAAUGAAGUCCUGAGGUUCUCGGGCGAUGCGUCCAGCUGUAGUUUGUGGAAGGCUUGUUUGUUUCCUGUUUGCUCUGAUCCACAAAGCUCAUUCUCAGUGUCUCUGGAAAUGCUGCAGGCCGUCCUGAGUGGGUCCACAUUCACCUUACCUAAAGACACAGAGCUGAUGUCCAUGCAAGAGUGCUUACAGUGUAAGAACCUGGAGGAGAUGUUGAAGUUCAGGAAGGGACUAUAUGAAGACAUCACACGGAGAAAAUCGAACAAUUGAGAUCAUGCAAGCAGUUUUAUGCUGUUAAAGUAAGAAAUCAAAUACAUUGUGCUAUAAAUCAUCAAUAUAUUGUAUGAUCAUUUUUCAACCAUCAGGACUAUUAGCUUUUGUCAGCAAUAUGAAGAUCUGAUAUGGAUUUUGUCAUCUGAUUCAUUGUGGUAUAAUGUUUCAUAAAGUUCAUUCUUAAUUUUUUAAAAA